AUGCUCGAAUCUCGAGUUUUGUCCUGGCUGCAGGGGUUUCGGCGCUCUUUCUUACCCGUUCGGAAGCAGCCGUCGGCCUUUACCUCGGAUGAGGUGACCCUCACGAAACAAGACACUACGUCGACGGCCAACACGGCGCUCUGGCAGGAGGACUACGAUAUUGAGAAAUCGGCGCAAGAUGUAUCCCAAAAUACCACUGGAGAUCCGCAAUGUCCACCAGCUCCACCGCCUAGUCUGGUUGAUGUUCCCGACGGCAUGUGGGACCUACAGCAGAUUCGGAAAAAGGUCGUUAACUUUCUACGCUCCGUUUGUCUAAGGUGUAAUACCCAAGCAGCGAAAGUUGUGCAGUGUGACCGGCCAUGUCCGGCGGAUCUACACGAAGCGACUUUCUCGUUUGAAGGUUUGGGGGAGAGGGAGAAGUAUUCCAUCAAGGAGAUCCAGUGGAACUCCAACCUGGCAGACGCUGUUGCCGAAUGGGAUCCCAGAUACAAGGAAGAUAUUCGGCGCCUACGACAGGCUUCCCUUGACCGCGUUUCUAUGGAGCUGAAGGGCUGUUGCCACAAUGCAAGCUUCGCAGACAACCCCUUGGAUCACCCCCAGCCUCUCACCUAUAAUCGAGUGCAAAUCGGAUGCCGACAAGACGCAAUGGCUCUCCCACUGCAAACGAUUGACGGCCGGUAUAAACUCGUAAGGGCAUUGAGAGACGGCGCCUACCUCGGUGAGCGCCAAAUCCAAGAUGCUGAGCGGGUUCUAUCGGGCGAGGACCGCUGGGUGAUGGUCAAGCUGGAGUGCUGCGGUUUGGAAGCGCCGUCCCUCGAGCGCGAGGCCGACAUCCUUGAAUCCCUUGCUGGACAUAUUGGGGUUCCACUUGUCCAGGGCCGCGGCAUCCAGGAGGGGUACAGAUUCAUUGUCGUCUGCAUGCCCGGUCCUAGCUUGGAUGACUUCUUGGAAUUUUGCGAGGGGAAAUUCUCCUUAAAGACCGUUCUACUCCUUGGCGAGCAGCUCAUCCAUCGUGUCGAGGCCAUACAUUCCCGGGGUCUCAUUCACGGGGGGAUACGGCCCAGUGCAUUUGGCUUGGGCGUUGGGAAGGCCUCGGGUCAAGUCAUGCUUGUUGAGGUAGCCGCGUUGACACCGACCACGGAACUCACGCAGCGUUAUUCCGACCUCGAGGCGCUCGUUCUCAUGUGUAUCUACAUGUGCCGCAGACUAGCGCCGUGGGAGGGUCUCCAGACCGACCUUACAAAGACACCGUACAAAGACAUUCUCCAGCAAAUGGAGAACACGCGGGCGGAAGUUCUCUGCAGAGGGUUACCUCGUGCGUUCAAGGACUGCCUGGAGUAUGUGGAAUCUCCCAGCCAGAAUAGCGAACCCGACUACAAUCAUCUUCGCGAGCUCUUCCGUACCGCCUUUAGCGAGAAGGAGUUCUCACGCGACGGAGUCUUUGAUUGGACUGUUUAUAAGCAUUGGAAAAAUUCGCAACAAUUCUGUCAGCCCGUCACAGGUAUCACUGACGAGGUAGGGAGCAGGCGCCUCUCGGUAGAAGCCUUUGAAAAGGAACAUGACUGGCUGGUUACAAAACUCCGUCAAGCGGAAGGAGCGUGUGCGCUUCUUGCCGAAGUGGAAGAAGCUAAUAAGACGCAACAGUACUACACGACGGUCAUCCACACACAUCACGCUCUUAUCAGUUGGUGUAUCGAUAUCUUGGUUUUUGCACAGCACCCUGAAGUCCCCGCCGGCUUGCGGGGUUGGCCAGAAGAUCACCAGCUACCAGACAAAGUAUGGCAGGCUGGAAUAGAGCCAUGUCUAAAGCUGCUCGAGGUCAGCCUUCCACAUACACAAGGCCACUUAGAAGCCCACCUUCAUAAGGUGUUCACUACACUGAUGAUGCUUGCGGAGAGUGUCCCUUGCCAUAAAGAGAAGUGGACGAGGUGCAUUCAGGAUGUUUCCAGGUAUGGGGUGAAGCAUAACACUCAUGUUUCGUGGGUGAGGGUGUAUAACCGCUGGGAGGGGUCGGCGGGCAACCUCUAA